UUUAAAGGGCCUGGGAGGAACAGAGCCCAGAGGGAGCGAGCGGUCAUCAUGGCCACUUCAGAGCUGAGCUGCCAGGUGUCCGAGGAGAACUGUGGGCGCCGAGAGGCCUUCUGGGCCGAGUGGAAGGAUCUGACACUGUCCACGCGGCCUGAGGAGGGUUGCUCCCUGCACGAGGAGGAUGCCGAGCGGUGGGAGACCUACCACCGGCAGGGGCAGCGCCAGGCGCUGGUGCAGCGUUCGCCCUGGCUGGUGAUGCGCACGGGCAUCCCGGGCCGCGGGCUGCAGGAGUACCAGCUGCCCUACCAGCGGAUGCUGCCGCUGCCCAUCUUCACCCCUGCCAAGGUGGGCGCCACCAAGGAGGACACCCCCAUCCCGCUGCGGGAGCUGCUGGCACUGGAAGCAGCCCUGGGCGGCCAGUGCGUGGACCGCCAGGACGUGGCCGAGAUCACCAAGCAGCUGGAG